AUGAUGUGGAUGACUAUCCUCGCUGUCCCGGCCCUCUACGGUCUUCAUUCCUUCGCCUCCCUCCUGCACAACCGCUCGCUAGCCCGCAAGACAAAGCUGCCUUAUAUUCUCUUCCCCGUGUUUGAAGCAAACCUCUUCUAUCUCGCCCUGUUUGGUACCAGAUGGUUCCAGUACGUGAUAGCCAACUGGCUACCUGACAGCCUCGCGGACCAUAUCCAUGAUAGCGUCUUCAGGAACCGCUGGGCUGUCAAGGAUCGCAUGGCGAAGGGGUAUGGCGGUGUUUAUCUUUAUGUCACGCCUGGUGGAAUCAGUUGCAAUGUCGCAGAUGCGGAUGUUGUGGAGCAGGUUGUUAAAGCGAGGCAUUCCUUUUUAAAGCCAGUUAAGCAUUUGGAGGCGUUUGAUAUAUAUGGGAGCAGUAUUUUUACAUCGGAAGGAAGUCAGUGGUCUUACCACCAUCGAAACACCGCGCCCGCCUUCAACGAGAAGAACAACGCCCUCGUCUGGACGGAGGGUAUCCGGCAGGCCAGCGAAAUGGCCGAGUACUGGGGUGAAAUAUACUCCAACCCUGCAAGUUCGGUAUCAGGUUUCGUUGUUCCCGACACACGGGAAGAUAUACUCAAGUUGUCACUCAACAUCAUCUGCGGCGCUGGGUUCGGGGUAAAGCUGCCGUUCAGGCCGGCUUCCAAGGCCAUGGCAGACGACGCCAAAGAUCUCUUCAAAGAUGCAGCUACUCCAUCGUCGGGUUAUUCCUACACGUUCAGGGGCGUAAUGGAGUACAUUAAUCGAUCGAUGAUGUCCGUCUUUGUCGCUAACGGUAUCCUGCCGAAAUGGCUUCCACGCUUUGCGGUGCCAUUUCUAAAGAAAGACUUCGCCGCCCAUGAAGAUCUAGGGAAUUAUCUCCACGCCUUGGUCAAAGACGCCGAAAAAAGCGAGUCCGAGACUCAUAACCUCCUAGAGAGAGUUGUCCGAUCGCGACGAGAGGAACAAGAAAUAACCACCAAACGGAAUCCCGGGUUGUCUGAUGCUGAGAUAUUGGGCAACGUAUUCAUCUUCUCGAUCGCCGGCCAUGAAACAACAGCGACAACGUUACGAUUUACGUUAGCUCUUCUGGCCAUCCACAGUGAUGUUCAGGAAGAAUUGUACAAUGAACUGCAAACAGUUCUGCGUGACGAGCCGGUUGAUCCUGCGGAAUGGGACUAUGCCACAGUGUUCCCAAGACUGGUCACUCCGCUUUGUAUCAUGCUAGAGACGCUCCGCUUGUACCCUCCUGUACCCAGCAUUCCUAAGUUAACGGCCAGCUCCGGCGCGGACAUAACGUAUAACGACGAGAUACACCAUCUGCCACCGGAUGUCCGAGUUAACUUAAAUGGUAAUGCUAUUCACUAUAGUGAAAAAUACUGGGGCCCGGACGCGAACGUCUUCAACCCCAGCCGAUGGGACAAGCGCAAUGUCGAAAGCUAUCUCGCGAGAAAUGACUGUAUUCAAGGGCUCUCCGGUCCAGGACUCGAAUCCCAGGAAAUCCACAAGCCCGAACGCGGGGCAUAUGUUCCAUUCAGCGACGGAAUGAGAGGGUGUAUUGGGAGAAAGUUCGCGCAGGUAGAAUUUAUAGCCACUCUCGCUGUUUUGUUCCGACGGUAUCAAGUGACUCCGACGAAGCUUCAGGGAGAAUCAACCGAUGAUGCGAGGAGGAGAGUAGAGAAGGCUUUACACGAAAGUUCGGUCUUGCUUACGUUGGCCAUCACAGAGAAGGUCUCUCUAUCUUUUCGCAGGCGGGACGCUGCAUGA